AUGUCAUCAUUCAAUCUGUUCAAAGACAAGGACAAGGAAAAGACAGCUCAAUCUCAAGCAUCAACAUCAGCAACGACAAUGACACAUGACUCAACAAUGACACGAAAGGAGAAGGACAAGAUAGAGAAGAAAGAGAAGAAGGAGAAGGAGAAGAUAGAUAAGAAGUUGUUAAAGAGGGAGCAGUCCAAGCCUAUAUUGAACAGGUUGUUUAAUACCAAGACUGGCACACUGAAUGGAUCGCCCUCGAUUAAUGGCUCCAGCGGCUCGAUGGGCGACCUGGUGAUCACGCCACCACGUGCCGACCUCUCCAUCGUCCAGGACUCGGACAACUAUGCCAUCGAUGGCAACCCGACUACACCCUCUCAGGCAAAUGCACAAUCACAAACACACGCGUUGUCUUCAGCAACGGCGUCAUUGUCGCCGCCUCCAACCACGACAUACAUCAACAACACUUAUAAACUGGUGUCGUCAUUGACGCCGCCAGAAUCAGACAACAACAGCAACAGCAGCACCACCACGGCCUACGACUCAUUCACCACGACACAGCCAACAUCAGUCUCAUCGAUAUCCACCUCGUCAUCAGUGUCAUCUCUUCGCUCAAACAGCAAUAACAGCAUCAUCCAGCACGAUGCGCCCGCGAUGGCGCCCCCCAACGGCAAUGGCAGCAGCAACAGCAGCAGCAACGGCAGCAGGAACCACACGCUCACCCGGCCCACAAAGAAGACGCCGGCGGUCGACGACGACGCCAAGAAGAAGGGAUCCGAAUCGCCCAAGAACAACACGCUUCGAUCAAAGUCGUCCAGGAUCAAGAUGAUAUACAACUCGCUGAGGUCGACGCUGCGCGGCACCGACAGGGGCCAUGCGUCCGGCGAGCUCAGCCACUCGCAGGGCCUGGUCAAGUCGUCGUCGCAGAUACAGUUUGAGUUUGCCAUUCCCUCUGCGCCUCAGGCAUUCGAGCCGCAGUAUCCCUCACUCAUCCAGUACACCUACUCAAUGAACCCACCUGCAUCCAAUGAGCCCACCACCUACUUUGGCCUGCCCCUUGCACGUCUAGUGCGUCGCCAAGACAACGGCACAUCCAUACCAGUGCUCGUCGAGAAGAGCAUAUCAUUCCUGGAAGGUUACGCCAAUGUUGAGGGAUUGUUCAAGACAAGGGGCGACAGCAACAAGGUACAGGCACUUCAGAGGACAUUCGACACGAGUGGCGACGCCAACUUCUGGCAUCCUGAGCCUCAGGACCCUCACGUGAUAUCCACACUCUUGAUCGAGUUCCUCAGCUCGAUACCAGACGAGUUGUUGAGCAUCAAGCUGUUUGAAGAGGUCAACAACAAGUCGGCAUCAGUCACAUCACAAUACGGAGGCUUUUGGGACAUACAGUACGUGGUCAGCAGACUGCCAGUUGAGAACAGAGAGUUGGUCCAGCGUCUCCUAUUCUUCCUCAAGUUUGUGGUGGACCAAUCAUCGGACCAGGCAGCCUGUCUAGACUUCCUCGUCGAGAAGUUCACUCCCUUGGUCAUCAACUUCAAGUCGCACCAAGUCCUCCAUGCCGCCAUGAAGACACUGAUAACUCAUUGCGAGGACAUAUUCAUUGAGCGCGAAGAGAGGCCACAGACAUUGGCAGGCGAGUUCACUGUGUUGCGAAUCGAGCGAGUGUUGAUCCCGCCCAACAACCUGAGGAUCGUAGAGAAGCCUUUGGAUCUGGGAGGUUGGGAGACAGGCACGCUCUAUGUGACCAACUACAGGAUGAUUUGGGUCAAGACCGAGGACGAGAACUCGCGCUACACCCUUCCCGAGGACUUUGUCGACAAGGUUGACGAGCAGGCAACACAUAUCAAGCCCUACCAGUUUGAGAUCGUACUCUCCUCCUCCAUCAAGUGGGAGGCAAUGGGCAAGGCUAAGGCCACAAUCAAGGCCACAAGUGGUGGCAACACAGGAGGCAACAACACUGGCAACAACUCUGGCAACAACAACAACAACAAGCCAACACAACAGACUACAUUGGUAUACCUUAUCUUUUGCAAGGAUAUGAGGUUCCAAUACUUUGGCUUCCCAGAGGACUUUGAGAUCAGCAAGCUCAACCUGAUGCUGGGGUAUUACAUCAGCCCCAUGUCAGACAAUGGCCGGUUCUUUGCCACGGUCAAUCACGAGGUCCUCAAGGACAACCAGGAGGGCUGGGACAUCUACUCACCGCUCAAGGAGUGCACGAGGCUCAAGAUCGACGUCACCAAAGAGUGGCGCGUCAUCCACUUCACGGCCAAGGACAGCAUUGCACCCAAGCACUUUGCCAUCCCCAACCGAGUGGGAGAGGAUCUGCUGGCGACCUACGCCAAGAAGAGGAUGCCAGUGUUCUGCUGGGUCCAUCCGUACAAGCGAUCGCUGCUAUUCAGAGUCAGCGCGAGCAAUGGCAGCGCGAUCAGUCUGUCGGCGAGCGGCGGCUUCGCCAACAGCAUCUCGCUCACCUCGUCCAAUAACUCAAACUCGUCCUCUGGCGCCACUGGCGGUGGCCUAGGUAGCGGACUAUCAGCUUCGACGAGUGAGGACAUCCCACACUCUCCCCUUAAGAAGCGCAGCGAGAAGACCUUCUCCCCACUCACAAAGAGCAAGUCGUCGUCGUCCACUUCCAGGACACUCAAGAAGGACCUAAGCUACUCCAAGCUCACGCCACCAUUGCUCGACACUGUAGAUAUUAUGUUGUACCAACAAUUUGUAAAUAAGGAAUACAUCGAGCAAGCGAAUGGAACAAGCGCGAGCAACAACUCGCCAGUGUUAACUGGCUCUGGACAGAGACGUAUUGAGGCGGCCAUAGUGUUCACCAACAAGACAGAGUCCAGCUACGUCAAUUUGUACGAUCAGUACAAGUUCUCCCAUCUCAUCUUUGUCAAUGUGACACAACGCGAGGAGACAGAGACACACUGGUACGACCUGUAUCGCGCCGUUCACAUGUUUGACGGCACCACUGAGGCAUGGCGCUCGAUCGAAGAGUCGGGCUGGGUCGAGUCAGUUCGCUCGCUCAUCGAAGCCAGCACGCGCGUCUGCACUUUGCUCGAAGAGGGCACAUCCGUCAUGAUCAAGCCCAUCGCCGACUCUAAUCAGCAGGCGCUGGACGUGGCGCGUCUGAGCUCACUGGCCCAGGUCAUGCUCGACCCAUACUUCCGCACGAUCAGCGGCUUCAUGACACUGAUCGAGAAGGAGUGGAUCCAGUUCAACUACAACUUCCUCAACUCGAACGGCCAGCAACAGGGUGGCGGUGGCGGCGGCGGCGGCCUCAGCAGCUCGACCAGCAGCACAUCACUCUCAUCCAAGAAGGGCUACGGUUCGAUCUCCAAGUCAUUUUCCGCUGAGGACAAGAUGAUGGUGGACCUCUUUGACUCGAUCAGCAAACGCUCUCCCCUGAUGUUUGCCGAGAACUAUGACUCGUGCUCGACAAUCAACCGCGCCAUCUCACCGUGCUUCAUCCAGUUCAUCGACGCGGUGUGGCAGAUGCAGCUGCAGUUCCCCUUCCACUUUGAGUUUAACGAGUCGCUGCUGCUGUUCAUCAUCAACGAAGCGUUCACUGGCCGCUUUGGCACAUUCCUUUGGUCUGAGACUCUGCGCGAGACCGAGCGCAACAUAUACCAGCGUGCGCCAUCGAUCUGGACCAGCCAGAUCAUCCUCUGGUCGUCGCUGUUCACGGCCAACAUCACUUCACGCGAUUCUAUGCACCAGCUCACGCGCAAGCUCAUUGGCAAGUCCAAGGUGGACAUGGCCGCCACAAAGAUGACUUUCUUCAAGGUGCAACCAUCGCAUCUAGUGCUGUGCACGUCGCUCACCUCAAUCGACUUGUCCCGCAACUACCUCAACUCAUUCCCCACCGACCUGGUCCUGUUCCGCAGUCUUCAGAGCAUCAACCUGAGCGACAACCGCAUCAAAUCUAUCCCCUCGUCCCUGUUCAAGCUGAUUGGCUCCAAGCUAAAGCUGCUCGAGCUCAACCUCGCCGGCAACUUGCUGGACAGCGUGCACAAGUCCAUCUGCUCGAUCGGCACGCUGCAGCGCCUCAAUCUGGACAACAACAGGCUGGUGAUCCUGCCCGAGUCCCUCAGCAAAAUCUCGUCUCUGCGUACGCUCUCAGUGAGCAACAAUAGGCUGUCGUCAUUCCCACAGGCCCUGUCACUGAUGGUUGGCCUCGAGGUUCUCUACGUGUCCAACAACCACAUCCGCGACCUCCCUCUGGGCUUCUUCAAGCUGCGGUCGCUCAAGACUCUGCACAUCAACUCGAAUCUCAUUGCCAAGUUCAAGCCACACAAGCUUGACGACAAGGUGUUCAUGAUGAACGCGAUCGAGACACUGCGCUGCGGCCUCAACCCGCUGAUCAAGAUAUCGGCCAUGCUGUUUGAGAUGAAGCAACUGCGCUUCCUCGAGCUGACUGGCUGCAACCUCAGCACGCUGCCCCCACGUCUGCUCGACUUGGUCAACCUGGAGACGCUGCUGCUCAAUCAGAACAAGCUGGCCGAGAUCCCAGCCGAGUUUGCCCGCCUCACACAACUGUCCUUCCUCGACCUCUCGGACAACCAGUUCUCGACGCUGCCCGCCUUCGCCCUGCUGCCCACACUCCGCAAGCUCUACCUGCACAACAACUCAAUCUACUCGUUCACCUUCAACAACAAUGCUCUGCCCGUCAUUGAGGAGCUGCGCUUGGAUGGCAACAGACUGAGCUACGUGUCGCCGUCGAUCGGCAAGCUCGCAUCACUCGAGACUCUCAACCUGGGCCGCAACCCCAACAUCCAGGCACUGCCCCACACGAUUGCCUGCCUCGAGCGUCUCAAGACACUGACCGUGCAGACGGCCAACAUGGUGUCGCCACUUCGCGAGAUGGAUAACAACACCGAGGCCAUUAUGCGCUACCUCAAGCAACAAUCCACCACGUCAUACUACAGUCCUCGUGGCAAGCUCGUCUUUAUCUCAGACCAGACCAUCGCGAUGAAGAACGAGAUCAUCCGCGCCAUCACCACAAACAAUGGAGGCGCCGGCUGGAACGGAAAGAGACGCAACAAGCAGACGAUCGAACAACAGAAGAAGGUCCCCAAGUGGGAGAUUGAGUUGCCAGACGACAGUGGCUUCAGCAGUAGCACGAGUGCCAGUAGCACCAACACCAAGAGGAAGGGCACAAUGACGAUCUAUGUGCGCGACAUAUUCAACUCGUUGUCGGGCUGCAGCCAGCACCUGUUCACAAGACGCGCCGUCUACACACUACUCUGGACGGUGCAGGAGGCCGAAGAGCCCACCAAGCUGUACCGAUCGCUAGAGCUCAUCAAGGACCACUGUGUGACAGCAAACGUGUUUGUCAUUGGCAUGUACAACGAGAAGGAGAACCUGUUUAAUCGCGUGGCCAAAGUCGAGAAGACCUGUCUCAGCAUGUUCACGCACUUCACAUUCUCCUUCCAUCUGGUGUCGAGCACGAGCAAUGUGACCGCCACCACCGACACGAUCGUCAAGCUGCGCGAGGACAUCAAGGCCACCUUCCUGAAGCAGCGCCAAUACGGCUCGAAGCUCACCAGCUCCCAGCGUCUGUUUGAGCGCCAUCUCAAGACCCUUCAGUCGCCAUUCAUCUCGAAACGUGACAUCCACGCCAUUGGAGAGAUGUGCGGCCUGGACAAGAUUGGCACCAAGAGUGCCUGCGACCUGCUGACCGAGCUCGGCCUGCUGCUCUGGCUCGACGACUAUGAAUGGGUCAUCCUGGACACCAUCUGGCUCACGACUACAUUCUCCUCGCUCAUCACUGUCAAGUCGACCACCUCAUCGUCGUCGUCUGCGUCAUCAUCAGCCGAAGCAUCCAAGCGCGAGAUCAUAUUGAUGAGCAACCUGGACAGCAUUUGGAACGACGUGCCAGGCCGCCUGUACAGCUUCCUGCUGUCACUGGCCAAGAAGUUCAACAUUGCCUUCAUCAUCGAUACGUUGUACGACCCGUCCACAUGGGGCUACACCUACCAGAGCAGCCUUGGAGCGUUGGGCGCAGGCUCGCAGCUGCGACUCUCUGUCACGGCCGGCUCUCGCAACUCCACAGGCGGAAAGUCAGUUCUCUCGCCAACCAAGAAUGGCAUGCUCUCCCCCAACAGACUGUCCAAGAACUAUGGCAGUGGCAACAACAACAACAACAACAACAACAAUGUUGUUGGCGACCUCAAGGUGCUCAAGGAGAAGGUGAUCUUCCUACCGAUGGAGCUGCCAGACGCGCCACCCAAGCCACUCAACGAGAUGUUCCCGAAUGAGGAGCCACGCGCCAUGGGUCGCAUCUUUGUGUUUGCCACCAAGAUCCCCAGCAGCUUCUUCCAUCGCCUCCUGAGCCAGCUGUACAUGUUCUGCUCGAUCAAGUGCGCCUGGAAGACGGGUGUCGUGCUCGACAACUGCUACCUCUCGUUCCCAAUCGCGCGACGUUACUGCGACUCACCCAAGAAGGCCUACCGACGCAGCAGCACGUUCAGUGUGUUGACCUCAGACGACCUGGUCGUGAUCCAGGUGCACGAGGCCUCACAUACCAUCGAGAUCAGCUCAACCAAGAUGUGUCGCCACAUCCUGCAGACCUUCGAGAGCAUCCUCGAGACCUACCCCGACAUCCAAUACAAGACGUUUGUGCCGUGCACCCAGUGCAUCAACUCGCCGCGCACCCACGAGACCAACCACCUCUUCCCGCUGGACGUCGUCGAGAACGCCGUCAUCAAGGGCAAGACCUACCUCUCGUGUCCCCACGACCUGAACACGCCGAUCAAGCUGCAUGCACUCGUGCCCGACCUGACGAUGGGUGACCUGCGCCACAAGUUGAUCGACUUUAACGAAGUGCAGAUCGAGCCUGAGCCAAUUGGUGAGGGUGGCAACUCGACCGUGUACCGCGGCACAUGGCGUAACAACACGGUGGCCGUCAAGAUCCUGCAGACCGACAACAUUGGCAGCAGCUUCACCAAGAUCUUUGCCGAGUUCCGCCGCGAGAUCUUCAUCAUGAGUUCGUUCUACCAUCCCAACAUCCUGGACCUCAAGGGCUUUUGUCUGGAGCCGCUGUGCAUCAUCACACAGUACAUGAGCGGCGGCAACCUCUACGACUACGUGCACGACCUGGCCAAGCCUCUCGACUGGCCACUCAAGAUAAAGAUGGCCAAGGAGAUCGCCGGCUCGCUGCAAACGCUGCACGACUGCAAGCCCGCGGUGAUCCAUCGCGACCUCAAGUCACCCAACAUCCUGCUGUCGACGUCCAGUGACGACCCCAGCCAGAUCACGUGCCACUUGUGCGACUUCUCAGUGUCGGGCUUCUCCACGAGCCUGUCGUCUCGCGCCGUCGAGAACCCCGUGUGGCUGGCGCCCGAGGUCAUCACCAAAGAGAGCUGCACGGACAAGAGCGACGUCUACUCGUUUGGAGUGAUCCUCUACGAGCUGCUCAGUCGCCAGGACUUCUUUGAGGGCAUCAGCUUCAUGAGCAACCUCGAGCAGAUGAUAUGCGAUGGCAUUCGUCCACAGCUGCCCAAGCACAGCGUGCCCGAGUACGACAUUUUGUUGCAGGCCUGUUGGAACCAAGAUCCAACACAGCGACCUUCAUUCCAGGACAUUCUCAAGCGUUUGGAUUACAUCGAGACAAUCAUCGAGAUGAACAAACCAGAGCUACCAAUCACAAACAAGAACAACUCAAUCAUUGGAGUCAGCGGCAGCAACAACAGUGUGACAGUGGCGGCCACCGCCAUACCUAAAGUCACAACUCCACCAAUCACCAUUUCACAACACAAGGUGUUAACCAAUAAUGGUUCACCAUCAAUCACAACUACAACUACAACUUCUACUACUACCAUCAAUAUCAGUCCAGAGAUUGUUGUAAAAGUAGAGAGUGAUACCGACGAUGCGAGCAGCAGUGGAAGCUGCAACGAAACAGAUAUACACUUGUAA